GGCCGAAUACCCCAGCUCGCGCGCCGUGAAAGCCUGGUCUUAGUCAAUGCGGCAGACAUUGAAAUAGUGCCCCUUCCUCUCCACCUCUCCACCGUAGUAUAUAACAAUCACGCGGCUGUGCACAUUCGUUUCCUUUUUCUUGCUUAUUACUCGUCGACCAAGUGUCUGGAUUCCUGA